AUCUCAACACUUCUGUUUGCAACACUGUACCUCCUCUGCCAUAUCUUCCUGACCCGCUUCAAGAAGCCUGCUGAAUUCACCACAGUGGAUGAUGAAGAUGCCACAGUCAACAAGAUUGCCACAUACAGAGAAUGAGAGAGUGAUGACUCCUCCAAGUCAAUAGAUCAGAAGGCGGUCCUCCACCCUUGAUGGACCAAUGAGAUAGAAGUGCCCCUCUUCAGUGGAUGCAGCCCUGGGCAUAGCCUUGGCUAUGAAGAUAGGUUUCAGUUUCUCCUUUUCCUCCUUUGCCCUCGUGCCUUUGUGCAGGGCAUAGCCAUAUGGGAUGAACCUGUGCUUAUCUGGUCUAAAAGAGGCAAGCUCAGAAAUUCAUAUACCUAGGCUGGGCACGGUGGCUCACGCCUGUAAUCCCAGCACUUUGGGAGGCUGAGGCGAGCAGAUCAUGAGGUCAAGAGAUCAAGACCAUCCUGGCCAACAUGGUGAAACGCUGUCUCUACUAAAAUUACAAAAAUUAGCUGGGCGUGGUGAUAUGCACCUGUAGUCCCAGCUACUUGGGAGGCUGAGGCAGGAGAAUUGCUUGAACCCAGGAGACAGGUUGCAGUGAGCCAAGAUUGCGCCACUGCACUCCAGCCUGGUGACAGAGCGGGACUCCAUCUCAAAAAAAAAAAAAAAUCCAUAUCCCUGAGCAAAGAAGAGAAGCCAGGCCCCCUAGCUUUGGAAUCAUACCUGGCAUAACCUACAUACCUGGCAUCUAUAGGAGGACCACAUUCCUGGGACAGCCUAGGCAUGUGUCAUGGCAGGUGACCAGGUUCCCAUGAAUGCCUGAGGCUCUGCCCAUCCCAUGUGCUCCGGCUUACCUGGAGGUAAAGGACUAGGGAGGGGCGGCAGUGGGUAGAACCCCAGCUGGACAGCUCCUUCCAUUGCUCUGUCAUUGCUAUAGCUGGUUCUCAAAGCCACAGGUGCCCUCAGGGCAAAUGGGGCUUCUCCAGCACAGGGUAGUGAGUCCUGAGCUAAGCAAGGACACUCUCCCUUUCUCUGCCCAGGCUUGAGCUGUGCACCUUUACCCUGGCAGUUGCCCUGGGUGCUGUCCUGCUCCUGCCCUUCUCCAUCAUCAGCAAUGAGGUGCUGCUCUCCCUGCCUCGGAACUACUACAUCCAGUGGCUCAACGGCUCCCUCAUCCAUGGCCUCUGGAACCUUGUUUUUCUCUUCUCCAACCUAUCCCUCAUCUUCCUUAUGCCCUUUGCAUAUUUCUUCACUGAGUCCGAGGGCUUUGCUGGCUCCAGAAAGGGUGUCCUGGGCCGUGUUUAUGAGACGGUGGUGAUGUUGAUGCUCCUCACACUGCUGGUGCUGGGUAUGGUGUGGGUGGCAUUAGCCAUUGUGGACAACAACAAGGCCAGCAGAGAGUCACUCUAUGACUUCUGGGAGUAUUAUCUCCCCUACCUCUACUCAUGCAUCUCCUUCCUUGGGGUUCUUCUACUCCUGGUGUGUACUCCACUGGGUCUUGCCCGAAUGUUCUCGGUCACUGGGAAGCUGCUGGUCAAGCCCCGGCUGCUGGAAGACUUGGAGGAGCAGCUGUACUGCUCAGCCUUUGAAGAAGCAGCCCUGACCCGCAGGAUUUGUAAUCCUACUUCCUGCUGGCUGCCUUUAGACAUGGAGCUGUUACACAGACAGGUCCUGGCUCUGCAGACACAGAGGGUCCUGCUGGAGAAGCGGCGGAAGGCUUCAGCCUGGCAGCGGAACCUGGGCUACCCCCUGGCCAUGCUGUGCUUGCUGGUGUUGACAGGCCUGUCUGUACUCAUUGUGGCCAUCCACAUCCUGGAGCUGCUCAUCGAUGAGGCUGCCAUGCCCCGAGGCAUGCAGGGUGCCUCCCUAGGCCAGGUCUCCUUCUCCAAGCUGGGCUCCUUUGGUGCCGUUAUUCAGGUUGUACUCAUCUUUUACCUAAUGGUGUCCUCAGUUGUGGGGUUCUAUAGCUCUCCCCUCUUCCGGAGCCUGCGGCCCAGAUGGCAUGACACCACCAUGACACAGAUAAUUGGGAACUGUGUCUGUCUCCUGGUCCUAAGCUCAGCACUUCCUGUCUUUUCUCGAACCCUGGGGCUCACUCGCUUUGACCUGCUGGGUGACUUUGGACGCUUCAACUGGCUGGGCAAUUUCUACAUUGUGUUCCUCUACAACGCAGCCUUUGCAGGCCUCACCACACUCUGUCUGGUGAAGACCUUCACUGCCGCUGUGCGAGCAGAGCUGAUCCGGGCCUUUGGGCUGGACAGACUGCCGCUGCCUGUCUCCGGUUUCCCCCGGGCAUCUAGGAAGACCCAGCACCAAUGACCUCCAGCUGGGGGUGGGAGGGAAAAAGCUGGACACUGCCAUCUGCUGCCUAGGCCUGGAGGGAAGCCCAAGGGUAGUUGGGCCGCAGGACCUGGAAUCUGAGAGGGUGGGUGGCAGAGGGGAACUGAGCCAUCUGCACUGUUGCAUAAUCUGAGCCAGAGUUUAGGACCAGGACUCCCUGCUUUUCCAUAUUUAACUGUGGCCUCAGCAUGGGGUAGGGCUGGGUGACUGGGUCUGGCCCUGGUCCCAAAUCCGUUUACACAUCAAUCUGCCUCAUUGCUGUUCUGGGCUGUGCCCAUAGCCAUGUUUACAUGAUCUGAUGUGCAAUAGGGUGGGAGGGGGCAGGGGAAGGACUGGGCCAGGGCAGGCUUGUGGGGGUGGAUUGUCUCGCUUGCCUCUGGCCCAGCAGAGCCUAAGCACUGUGCUAUCCUGGAGGGGCUUUGGACCACCAGAAAGACCAAGGGCAUAGGGAGGAGAAGGAGGCUUCACCCAUCAGCAAUAAAGUUGAUCGCAGGGUUUGCUUUGUUUUUUUAAAGAA